ACCUUCUGUUGCAAAAUCCUCAAGGAUACCCUCAGGAUUAAUACCAUGCUCAGCACAAAGUCGUUUCCAAAAUUCAAAGCCAACUGUAAUAAAAAAGCGCCACCUAGCGUUUUUUCAGAGAAGCUUCCAAGUGCUGAACUCUAGCGGAGAUUUCUGGCAAAUUAUCUCACGCGUCGCUUUGCCACGAAGACGUAGUGUCCGUCGUAAAAGUGAACUUUUGAUCAAUUUUAUUGUUUAAAUAAUUAUUAAUUUGUUAUAUUAUUGUUUAUUAAUCGUCUGUGAACCGUUUGAGUACUCAUUUGUUGCAUAAUUUUACCGAAAUAACUGGAUAAUAGCAAAUUAAGUUGACGACAAAAUCACUCUGACAAAAAGUGACAUCUGUCAAUAUGGGUUGGCCAACAAAGACAAAGGCAUUGUCUUGAUAAAGCAAUUUUGGGAUAGCGUCUUGGGGCCUAAUACAUCUAUAGACGUUGAAACUUAAAUCCAAGAUGUUAUUAUAAAAUAAAAAAACAAUAACAAUUAUAACAACAAUAAAAACAAAAGUGAUAUUUAAAAAUCGAACUAUGUAAUUGACAUUCUACAAGUGUAUUACAUGUAUUAACAAUAAGUUUAUCAGUCAAAAUCAAAUAUUGUUAAUGUUGGAGAUGCUGAUACAUGAUAAAUGAUUGUGUGAUGUACAUUUCCCAAGUGUUUUUCUUGAAAUUAAUCAAGUGUGUUUAACUUGAACAGAUGAUACUAAGUUUGACUGUGAUAAUUUUUGUAUAAAAGUGUUGACAGUGAUAAAGUUAGUAAACGAGUAAGUUUUAGAGUCAGUGAUCGUGUUAGUGGUACUUGUGUGUUGGAUCAAUUGGGUAAAAGAUGAAUCAACUACCUAAGACUACCUGGAAACAUCUCAAUACCAUCAUCAUCAUCAUCACUGCUUCCCUCAAAGUCAUUGUUUGAGGCACCACAAGAUUGCCACGGGCUCAUUGAUGCUCGAUGGCCCGAGCAGUGACACAACGCUGGAGAAAUCCCGCACCGGAGUAAGUAUACGUGACGAUGUUCAACGAUCAAUCGAAUUAUUGGACAAGGUGCUCUCAGAGUACGACGAGUACGGAUCGUCAGAUGGUGAUUGUUGUGCCGGAGGGAUUAUUCCUGAUCCUGGUGGUGUUGGUGGUGUUAUUAUUGGUGGUAGUGGUGAUUGUGCCUCGGGCGUCGGUGAAACAGUUGACAUUGGCAACGUCGACACCACCGACGCCAAUGUCCAUGCCGAUGGCGAUAUUGUUAAGAUACUUGUUAAUAUUGAUGAAAAAAUACAACGUGGAAGUAGUACUGAACCAAGCACUGGUCUUACACCCGACGAUGAAAGCCCAUCUUUAGGACAUCAGUCCGAGGACGACGGUUAUAUGAGUAUGAAUGGAAGAAAAGCUAAAAUGGCACUCGUUGCACUUAGACCUGUACCUGAUUGUCCAGAACCACAGGAUAUAUCAAUUGCAACAACUAGUGAAUUUCCACCACCUCCUGAAGAGGCUGAACGUAUUAUUUCUACAUUGCUUCCAAUUGUUUCACCAAGUAAUUCAUCAAAAAAACAAAAUAAAAAUGGUAAAACAAAUAGACGAUGUGAUAAAAAAACAUCAGAUGAAUUAAACAGCAGUAGUAAUAAUAAUAAUAAUGAUGAUAAUAAUGUGACAUGUCAAACAACAUUACCAAAAGUACGUAGACGUAAAUUACAUGGACUUUGGGAUAGAAGUACAAAUGGUACAAAUGAUAUAAAUAAAAAAAAUUAUACAUCUGGAAAAUUUUCAAGUCUUCCAUUGGAUAUUAAAGUAUCUUAUGAUUGGAUACUUGAUGCAAAAUAUUUUAAAAAUAAAAUUAAAUCACAAGAUAAACAUCGUUCAAGACAUCGGCAUUCAACAAAUAUUGAUACAAAAAAUAUUAAUUUACAUAAUGAUGAUGAUGAUGGUGAUAAAAAUGGUGAAUUAAAAAAUGAUGAUUUGAAAAAAUUUGUUGAUAAUGAUAAAUGUAAAAAUAAUCUUGAUGAUGAUGAUGAUGAUGAAGAAGAUGAAGAGGAUGAAAUUGAUGUUGUAGAAGAAGAAGAAAAAGAAUGUACUGAUGAUCCAGAUGAUGACGAUGAUAACGAUGAUGAUGAUGAUGAUGAUCAAAGUAAUGAAAGAAUUAAUUCUGAUUCAAGUUGUGAUGUUGAAUUUCCAAAACGUCGUAGAAGAAAAAGAAAAUUUGAUAUUGCACGUGGUACAUCAGAAUCUGAAUCAGAACCAUAUUCAACUCAACGUUCAAGUUCAGUCAGUAUAAGACGUUAUUCAAUGCGUGCAAAUUGUGAUUCAUCUGAUUUUUCACGUGGUAAUUCAACAUCAAAUGAACGUUUUCAUUCAGAUUUUUCAAUAGCUGUUGCAAGUGCUAGUUCAAAUGAUCGUUUAUCAAUACCAACAUCAGAUCCAUUUUCAAUAAGAAAUUUAGAUUUUGCAACAUCUGGUUUCUCACUUGGACAUGCAAAUUCAUGUGAUGAAAGAUUUAGUGAUGUUUAUUCAACAAGAAAUUCUGAUUUUUCAACGAGAAAUUCAAUUGAUUUUAGAACACAAUCUGAGGAUGAUGAUAGAUUUUCAGAUGAUUCAUUAGAAGAAAUAUUAAGAGCAACAAUACCUCCUCCUCCACCACCUCCACCACCACCGUCAACAUCUUUGACAUCACAAACAAAAAUAUCAUUAUCAUCAUCAUCAUCACCUCCACCACCACCACCAUCACUGCCAUUACAAACACAACCAUCAACACUACCUUUGUCAACAGUACCAAGAGACUCUUCACAAUCACCGACUCAUUCAUCUGGUUGUAAACGACACUCAGUUGCAUGGGAAGUCUCAUUGGAUGAGGAUCCAAUCUAUGGUCCUGGAAGUACAAAAGUUGUUGGAAGAAGAAGACGACGAAGUAGUGAUGUAUCUAGUGUUGGAUCAACUUCAAAAUCUCGAGAUCUUGAUUAUGAUUGGGUAGAUUCACAGCGUCGUUCAACAACUGAUGAUGAUUUAAUUUCUCCUUAUUCACCUGAUACUUCAACAAAUGAAGGUGAAUUAGAACAGCCAAUAUCAAAACAUGAUUUACCAUGUAAAAAUGGUACAUAUGUUAUUCGUGGUCGUACGCGUAAACGUGAACGUAAACCAUUAUUAACAACAACAAGCCCAUUACCACAAUCAACAAAUAAUAAUGAACAACAACAACAACAACAACAACAAUUAAAUAGUAAUGUUUCAAAGCGUUAUUCAAAUACAUAUGAUGAUAUUAAAAGUUUAUUACGUGAAGGUAGAUUAGAAGGAUUAAAUGAACCACCACCUAAUUUUGUACCACCAAUACCACCAGAUCUUGUUCGUGUAUCAUCAUUACCAGAAUUUGAUGAAGUUGAUAAUAAAAAUUGUGAUCUUAAAAAAAAAAAUAAUAAUAAUAUUAAAAAUAAUUCUGAAACAUCAUCAACAGCAUCAACACCACCAAAAAAUAUACCAAUUUUAAUAAAUAAAAAAAAUCAUACAUCAAUGAAAAAACCAACGAUAACAAUGUCAAAAAGUCUUGAUAUUAAUAAAACAAAUUAUUUAAAUAAUGAUAUUAUUAUAAAUAAAAAACCAAUAACAACAACAUCACGUAAAAAGGAUUUUAAUAAAAAUAAAACAACACAAUCAAAAAUACCAGUUAAUUUAUUAAUUGAAGAUCAAAUUGUUAAAAAGGCAUUAAAUGAAAAUCGUCGACAGUUAGAAAAAGUAAGUGAUGCUAUUAAAGAAAUUGAAAGUGUUAAAAAUAGUGAAUCAUAUACUGAUAUAUUAAAAUAUAAAAAUAAUGAUGAUGAUAAUAAUGGUAAUGAUAAUGAUGAUAAUAAAAAAUCUGAUGUUAAUAAUAUUAUUAUUAAUUCUGAUUCAGAAAAUUCAAUUAAUUUAUCUCGUGAUAAUGAUAAUUAUGAUGCUGGUUGUUGUAGUAAUAAAAAUAAUAUUGAUUUAAAUGAUAUUGUUUAUUCAUCAUCAAAACGUUUAUUAAAUAAUGGUAAAAAUAAUAAUAUAAAUAUUGAUAAUAAUAUAUCAAUAUUAAAAAAUGAACAAAGACAAAUUGAAUAUGUUAUUGAUGCAAUACUUGAAGAUUCUAAAAAACCAGAUUUUAAAGUUAGUGUUGAUGUACUUGAAUUUCCACCAUUACCACCAUCACCAGUUGAAGAAGAAGAUAUUGAUGAUGAAGAAAAUUUUAAUAUUGGAAAUAAUAAUAUAAUGACAAAAGUAAUAAAUUCAACAACAAAUCAUUAUACAACAUCACACAGAACCCUAUCACGUUUAUCAGGUAGAUCAAUUGAUUAUAGACCAAAAGUACCACCACAUAGAAUACAAACAAUUGAUAUUAAAGAUAAUAAUAAUCGUUCAUCACAUGAUACAACAAGAUCAAUGGAUGCUGGUUAUUCACGUAGUAGAAGAGCAACAACAGCAGCAGCAACAGCAUCAUCAAAUAUAUCAACAAAUUCAAGAAGAGAUGUACCAAUUGAAAGACGUACAUUACCAAAUGAUUUACCUGGUCCAUCAAGAAGACGUACAUCAUCAAGACAUUCACCAAGUACUGAAAAUGCUGCUUGUAGUAGUAGUAUUAGUAGUAAUAGUGGUACACCUAUGAUGGGUACAAUGAUUAUGCCAAUUGGUAAUUCUGGUAUGCAAACAUCAUGUUCAUUACCAGAAACACCAGUAUUUGCAAGAGGUAGUGAUAUACCAAGAACACCACAACAUACUACUGGUGGUACAUUAUCAACAACAACAACAAAUUCAGCAGCAUCAACAACUGCUGGAGGUACUCAACCAAGACGACAACCUGGAUGGUAUGCACCAGCAACAUCAACAACUGGAGGAUAUAGAAGAAAUAAUCCUGGUCUUGAACAGGCUAUUAUUGGAACUGAAUUAUUACGUUUAGCUGGUGGACCAAGUCGUGGAUGGUAUCCAACUCGUCGUAGUGGUAAUCAACCACGUCCAGCAUCAAUUGAACAUUUAGAACGUUUAAAUAGUGCAUAUGAAUCACGUUUACCAACAACAAUUGAACAACGUAAACCGUUGACUCUACCAACCAACAUAACACCCAACAAAUACUUCGGUCAAAGUAAGCACAGUACAGCUGCUUCUGGUACACGUGAAGCAUUAAGAAGGGUCACUAGCUUGCUCAUUAAAAAAGGAAGUGGAAAAGAUUCAAAAGGAUCAUCAAAAGACAAUGUUUUUCCAUCUGGUCCUUAUACUGCUGGUGAACCAAGUGAUGCACCAAAGAAAAAAGGAUUUUUCAAAAAUUUCUGGAAACGUUCACGUCAUUAUUCAUUAGAAAAUCAAUAGCCCAGGUGUUUCGUCUCAUUGACUGGUAGACAGUCACAACGGGACGAGGUUUUACCACGUCAUAAUAAUUUUUUUAGUAAAUAUCAAGAUAAUGAUAAUAAUAAUCAUAAAAAUAAUAAUGAACAACAACUUCAAAUGACAAAUACUAAUUUUAUUGACAAUCCAUGUUGUUGUAUUGCACAGUAAGGUAUUUAAAAAAUAGGAAAAAUAAUACCACACAUUAAUGAAACAAUAAUUUUUUUUAAUUUAAAAAUUGAGGUAACUCUGUUGAUUCAAGAGUUGCUGUUAAAACGAUUAAGGGAGAAAAAAAAAUAGAUAAAUAAGAUUAAAUAGAAAAAAAAAAAAAAAGAUUGAGGACAUAAAAAAAUUGUUGUUUUAGAGUCUGUCGACCUUUCGCGCCAAUGUCUGAGUAGAAGUUUCUCAUUUUCUUUUAUACUUAUAUAUAUACCGUUUUUAUUUUUUUAUUUUUUACUCUUCUAUCUACCUUUACAAGUAUCACAAGAUUCCAUGCUGAGAUGAAUCACCUCAAAAAUCUUUUUUUUUUUUUUAAAAAACUCAUUUUUCUAUUUUUCUUGGUUAAAUAGUAUCAAAAGAAUAUAUUUCUUUAUCAUUUUAUUUCUUUGUUAAAAAUAUAUUUGAAAAAUGUAAAUUGUCAUUUAAAUAAUCUGAUUUUUGCUUAUAAAGUAAUUUGUUGUUGAGAUGAAAAACAAAAAAUUGUCUAUUUAAAAAGAAAAUUCUUUUACUUUUUUCUUUUUGAUAAAUAACUGAAGUAUAAAUAUAUUACAAAGAAUUAAAAUAUAUAAAUUAUUUUAAAUAUUAAAAAUAAUAAUAAUGAAACAUAAAAGAUGAUAUUAUCAUCAAGUAUGUUGUUGAAAAUUAUAACAAGUUUGUUUGAUGAUUCUUGAUAGUAAAACAAAAAAUAAUAUAUCUCGAGAUAUUGUCAACCAAAAAUUGGUUAAACAAAAUAAAACUAUAAAUAAAUAAAUUUAGGCUUCAGGCAAAAAAGUCAUGCAUGAUAAUUAGAUUUAUGAAAAAAAAAAAAUAAAUUAAUAUAAAAUAAUAAAACUUAUUUAUUAAUAAAAAAAAAACAUUGCUAAUAAUUUUUCACGAGUGAUAAAAAUUAUAAAAAUUAAAUUUAAAAAAAUCCACUAAAAUACUCAUAUAAAUUUUUUUAAAUAAAAAUAAAUAAUUUAAAUUAAAUAAAUAUAAUAAUAUAUAUAAAAAAUAAUAAUAAUAAUUUAAUAUUAUUAUUAAAUAUAAACAAAAAAAAAAAAUAACAAUUAAUAAAAUUGCAGGAGUCUUAUUUUUUCAUUGGCGCGAUAAAUAAAAAACAUGUAAUAAUACAUGAAAAAAAAAGAAAAAAACAUGAAUAAAUAAAGCGCGUUAUUAUUAAUUAAAAUACUAGUCCAAGAUGCAAUAUAAAUACACGUCUCGAGACAAAAAUGAAUUCUAAUUAACGACAAAAUAAAGAAAGAAUGAAAAUAAAAAAUAAAACGAAAGAAUAUUAUAUUAAAACAUAAAAGAAAAAACGAAUUACUGAGUAAUCAAGGUGGUAAAAAAUUGAUUUGCUUUAAUUAUUAUUUAAAUGAUAACAAUCACAUCUCUUUAAUGUAUAUGAAUAAUUAUAUACGUCUAUUAAGAGUAUUAAAUAACAAAAGAAAAAUAAUUGAAAUAAAAAAAUUAAUGAAGCAAUCGUUUUUUAUCACCAUUGUUCGUUUGGUAUAAAUGUGCAUAAAAUGUAAGUAGAAUUUUUUCAAGUGUAACUAGAUUGUAUGUAUGUAUGUAAUGUAUAUGUGUAUGUAUGAAAUUUUAUGAGUGAGUGUUAACUUGGAUGUGGAGAAUUUGAAAAAAAAAAAAAAACAAAACAAACAGUCGAUUCAUCAUUGUAAUCAAGAUUUUUUUCUUGUAUUAUUAGUAUUUCUUUUUUUUAAAUAUUUAAUAAUAAUAUUUGUAUAUCGACAUACUUUUAAACAAUGUAAAAAUUUUCAUAACUUCACUCCUAGUUUGACAAGUAAAACAAUGGCCUUUUUUUUAUAAAAGGACAUAUUUGUUACAAACAAAAAAAAAAAAGCAUAAUGAAAAAAAAAAGCAAAAUGAAAUCGUAGAUUGAACAUAGCAAAUUAACUAAUGAAGAUAAUUGAAUCUUUUAAUGAGCAUUUCAAAUAUUAUCUUCAUUAGAUCUCAUUAAUCCAUGUGUAUUCAUAAUUAUAAAUGAGACUGUAAUAUAAUUCUGGAAGUGUUAGAAAAUCCUUUCUACAUUUGAAAAAAAAAAUACUUAAAAAACAUUUUUUAAAUAGAAAAAAAAAAAGUAUCUUCCGCUCCGAUAACUAUACUCGCUGAUUAUUUAAAUAAUUUUUUUUUAUUCUUGAAUUUUUAAAAAUGCUUGAUGAUAUUGUAGGUAUCAAAUUUAAAUAAGUUUAUUUAUAAAUAAUAAUAAUUGUGGAUACCCAUAAAACCCGAGUACCGAACUACAUGCCUUAAACUGUAGAAAAAAAAAAAUGCAAGAGUUUACCUAAGCUUAUUUAUGUAUAUGAAUGAACGAGAAAAAAAAAAAAAAACAAUUCCAGUUGUAAAUUUUAAUAGCAACAGAAUUAUUAUAGAUUUAAUAAUCCCAUCAAUUAAUUGUCGACCGUUAAUUAUUAAAUAGUGCAUUUAUUUAUAUCGAAAAAAAAAACGGUGUCGAGAUUUUUGAAGAAUAGUAUUUCAAAAACGAAAAAAUCAAUUAAUUACGAACUUGGAUAUCAUCGGUAAUCAAUUAGUCUCGGUGUAUAUAUGCAAAAAAAAAAAAAAAAAAAAAGGAAAACUUUUUUUUUAUUUUAA